CUUAAAAAUGGCUGCCAUAAAAAAUCAAAACAAAACAUUAUGAUAUGAUUUUCUAAAUUUAGUCAUAUAAAUAUUUAUUUUAUGUUGUCAAAAUAAAUUUGUGUAAAGAGCCAUGGCCGAAGGGCGGAGAUCGAAGGAAAGCAGUGCUUCUGUUUCCCAUAGUCGUGAUCGGGACGGAGAACGGAGCAAUUGCACCAUCGGGAGAUCUGAAGAUGCGCAUACAUAUAGCCUGCUUAACCAUGUAUUUAAUAAAACAAGUCAAUUAUCAUCUGAGGCUGGUGCUUCGAGUCUUCAGAAACCUCCAACACUUCAAAAUUUGGAAACUUUCAUAGAAAAAUCUUUGGAAGAUUCUAUAGAAGGUACAGCUGAUUGUGAAGAGCCUAUGUCAGAAAGUUGUCAUUAUGGUAAGAUAGGUGGUCUUGAAGUUAUGUUUGAUAUAUUGUCUAAUGUUGGUACAUUAAUAGUAGAACCUGAUAGACUUGGGCUAUCCAGUUUAAGUAACUUUAGUACAAUGAGAGCUAAUUGUUGUGUUUUUAAAGGGAAAUGGAUAUAUGAGUUAUGGUUAGGUUCGAAAGGUGUCAUGCAACUUGGUUGGUGUACCUUGAACUGUAAAUUUUCACAAGAGGAGGGUGUUGGUGAUACAGCUGAUUCAUAUGCCUAUGAUGGUAGUCGGUUAAGGAAAUGGAAUGUUAAAACACAGAGAUAUGGUGAGCAAUGGUUAACAGGUGAUGUAAUAAGUUGUGCUAUGGACUGUGAUAAUGGAACUGUAACAUUUUAUAGUUGUACAUAUCCUAUAGAAGGUUACAAACCACUACAAGAUCCCUGUGUCAAUGAAUUAGCUAAAGCCAAAGUAUUAUUUUCAUAUCUUGAGAAACUUCUACCAGUGUUAAUAGAGGAUGAAAAGGUGAUUAGUCUUAAUGUUAUUGGUGGCAAACCAGAAGAAAUAUUACCUCCUCUUACAGAAAAUAGAGGGCAUCGGUGUACUGGCCUACUUCUCGCCUCCCAUAUAUAUGAACAUUUAGGUCCUUUAUUGAAAAGUGCGUAUGUUAUAGAAGCAUGUCUAUUAAAAUAUAUAUCAGAAAUAGUUGAUUAUAAUAAUCUUCAUAGUGAUCAACCAUAUGUCUGUCAGUUACUAGAUUUAUCAUGGACAUUAUUACAGGAUUUUGAAAUCAAGUCAUUUAUGGAGAAUUUAGUAAUAUGUUUGUUAUCAGCUUACAGAUUUUCUCCUGUUACAUCAGAUUUUACACAUGCUGAUGAAGAAAUACCUCCUGAAGAGAAAAACUCUCCUGAAGAAUUGGAAAAAAAGAAAAAAUAUUUUGCAUCUUGUGAAAAACUACGCACUAAAAUUGAAGAAAUUGAAGAAAUACAAGUUGAAAUAUUGAAAAUUUUAUUAAUACAUAAUGAUUUAAAUGAGAAAAAUGAAACUACAAGAGUAAUAUUUUUAGAGAAGUUUAGAUCAUUUUUAAGAGAAAAUAGUGGAGUCAGUCGAGUACAACAAGUGCAUUCAUGUCCACUAGCUGUUAAUUUAUGUUUUUAUCAUCGUUUGGUACAAGCUGUCAGAUACUACUGGGAUAAAUUUCGUCAAGAAGAUCCAAAUAGAUUUGUACAUAGUAAAGAUGCAUUUAUGCCGGUGCAAGAAUUUUGGUCAGAUAGUCGUGAAUAUUUCGAUUUUCAAAGAUGUGGUGGAUUAAUGUCACAUCUGAAUAGAAUUUUAGGAGGUGAAGUAAACAAAGCCCAAGGUUUAGUUGUUUAUGAUGAUGGAAAAGAUAUUAAAGUCAAAUCAGUUGAGCCAAGUCAAGAAUAUCCUGAUACAGAACUUCCAAGUGGAAAUUCUUUGAUAGAUUUACUAGAUGGUUUAGUUAUAUUAUAUCAUAGUGCUGCUCAUAAACAAUUAGGAAAGAUGGUUGCCCUACGAGAUAAUAUGAGAGAUUUUAUAUUGGCAUUACAAGAUACACAAGAAAAAUAUGACAAAUGUCCUGAAGAGAUGUGUGAAGUUAAAGAAGAUCUAUUAAAAGCCAAAGAAGUAUUUUUAGAAAAAAUAACAGAACAAGCUAGACAUAUGGGCUGGGUUAUAUCUGUUAUAUAUUCUAGGGUACAGACUUUUAUUUUUGAUCUGGAUUAUAGACUAACGUUGUUCGUAGUUUUUAAUGUAUUUGAUGCAAUUAUACAGUCAAAACAAGAAGAUGUUUGUUGGAUAUUGAAUGUGGUAUUAAAAACAGUAGAAAAAGCUUCCAGAUACAGACGUUUAUUACAAUUUAUGCCUGAGUUUUAUAUUGAAACGUGUGUUAAUGCAUAUAAUGCUUUAAAAAAUUUCAUACAUCCAACUACACCUUUUGAAUCUCUUGAUGGUCAUGAGGAUUUGUUAAGAAGAUAUGCAACAUUUUUAACCAACCAUUUUGCUGAUAGUAAGAUAGUUAGCAAUGAUCUUCGUGAUAGUUUAGUUCAAGCAUUGGCAUGUUUUACUUGUUACCCUAAUACAUUACAUAUACUAGAAACAUUACCUAUGCAAAACCGUGAAACAAUGAUAAGGGCAUUAAUAGCACCAUAUGAAAAUAGAUCUUGGGCUCAUACUAAUUGGAUAUUAGUCAGAUUAUGGAAAGGAUGUGGGUUUGGAUUCCGAUAUAGAUAUUUACCUAAUCUAGUCCCAUCUAAAGUUCAACCGACAGAAUUUAGUUUUGUGAGUUUACAAAAACCGUGUCCUUCUCAGAUAUUACAAAGUUUACUAGCUAAGAUAUUAUUAGAUGAUGAACCAACAGCUACCAGAUUUCUAGAUACCUUGAUGAAUCAACUCAACUGGUCUUUCUCAGAAUUUGUUGGUAUAAUGCAAGAGAUACAGAUAUUGGUUAGUAGAACUGAACACCUAUAUAUAGAAAGUCGUCAAUUAAAGAUCUGUGCUGCUUGUUUUGAGAUCUCUGUGUGUUUACUACGUGUAUUAGAAAUGGUGGUUACCAUAGCACCAGAUUUAUUUACAGAUUAUUGUAGAUCUUCUGCUGAAUUAUUCUUAAAAAGAAUUAUGCAGUUAUUGAGUCAAGUAUUAAGUAGAAUAACCACUAAAAAUGGAGCAUUUGAAAAUCUAUCUCCUCUACCAAUACCAGGUUUAGAUAGUGUGACAUAUUACCCGAUAUUAACUGUUGCUGUUGGAAUAUUAGUCCAGUUAAUUGGUAGAUCAGGAGGAACUAGUCAAGAAAGAGCUACAAGAGCAUUAUUAACUGAUGCUGGUUUUAUGAUAAAAUCUCUUGAGUUUGUUUUUGAUGAGGAAAGAUCAAGUAAAUUUUCAAAGCCAUUUUCUUUUAAACGAUUUGAAGAGAUCAGUAGUGAAGAGAUACAAGACGUUGAAAGUUUGAUAGUAUAUCUCAAAAAACACGAAAAUAUCAUGUCUAAGCAAGCACAGGAAAUAAAAGAAGAAGAUCUUUGUACAAUUUGUUAUGCUAAUAUUAGAACUGCCAUCUUUGUACCAUGCAAUCAUCAAUCUUGUCGCACCUGUAUAACUCAACAAUUGAUGAAUAAAAAAGAAUGUUUCUUCUGUAAAUCUAUAAUAACUUCAGUUACUGAUACUAAAAAUAGACCUAUAUUACGUGAACAUUUUAUGACCAGCAAAAAAUCUUCUUGA